CCCAGGUCGACCAAGGACGAAGUCAGCGAGGCGGCAGAGGAUGAUGGGAAGCAACGGCGGCGGCGGAGGCGGGAUGGUGCCGAGUACGGGGACCGUCGGCGGCAGCGGAAGCGGCAUCGGCGGCGAUGGACGGCACGACGACGAGGCCGUACUCACCGAGUUCCUCUCCUCUCUCAUGGACUACACCCCCACGAUCCCUGACGAGCUGGUGGAGCACUACCUCGGCCGCAGCGGCUUCCAGUGCCCCGACGUACGCCUAACGAGGCUGGUGGCUGUAGCUGCUCAAAAGUUUGUAUCGGACGUUGCAAGCGAUUCUCUUCAGCACUGCAAAGCCAGGGUAGCAGCACCUAUCAAAGACAACAAGAGCAAACAGCCGAAGGAUAGACGUCUUGUAUUGACAAUGGAUGAUCUUUCUAAGGGCUUGCUUGAGCAUGGGGUGAACUUGAAGCACCCCGAGUACUUUGCAGAUAGCCCUUCAGCAGGGAUGGCCCCUUCAACAACAGAGGAAUAGAACCAGUUGCUUGUUCAACCAGAGGAGCAGAUUCAGUUUGAGUCUAGUCCGAACCAAGUGUUAAGCGGUUCUUCCUCUGUUCCUUUUUAGAAGACGUUUUGGCUUGCCGAUCGUAGGGAGUAUAUGCCAAAAGAACAGUUAUACCAGCAUCCUUGCAACGGUGUACUCACAAAAGCUUGAAGUAUGUAGUUGAUGUCUGUUCUACUGUCAAAAAACAAAAACUUGAUGUCUGUUCUUGAUGUAUUUAUGGUGAAUUCCCCAUUGGAUUUAUGGUGAAUAGUAUCAGCUAUAUGUGCUGAUUGGUUUCUCUGAAUUA